UUCUCAAAUGCAUUACUACAACCAAAUUGCAUUUUGUGAAUCAAAUAAUUGCGUUCGUACAACGCUACAAGUGAUUAAAAUUGAAUUAAUAUCGUUGACUGCAAAGUAACUUCGAUAGGAUCUGUGCUUUUCUAAUAUGUACUACAGUCUAUGUGCCGCCUUUGAUGUGUUUUCUUUUUACAUUGUAAAAAUUGUACUUUUAUAAACAACAUUAAUAACAAGGAUUGCAGCUGUGGAAUUUUUAUUUUCGUGCAAUUGCGUCGUAUUCUGCAUUGACCAAAAACGAUGAACACUUCCUCUGGAAGCACUCGAGGGCCGAGCGCCAGUAGCGUUAAAGAACCCAGCAAGCGGUUCUCGAUUCACGAUGCAUUUGAAGAAGAAACCGAUGAAGUAAUCAAAGUGUAUGGCUCAACCGUCAUAUCAACACCAAUGCGGGCAAAGGUCAGAUCCCCAGACGAUAUCGCAAUUCGUAUUCAUCACGAUCAAAGGACGCUAAAGUACACCGAUGAUACCACCUCUAGGGAUAGCGAUUCACUAAUACAGGAGUAUGGCAACCUAUCAUCGAACGACACCGAUACCUACUGCUGGCGGCAUCCGAAAGUAAGAGAAAACUGGAGAACUGUCCUAGCCGCCGCCACUCUGCUGGUCAUUGGAACCGGUCUAAUAGCAAUGGGAGCGUACGCAAUUGCCGAACCACAUAACGGUUCCCAAGCGGCCGUAUUCUUCGUGGCUGGUUUCAUAUGCUUCGUUCCCGGAGCCUACCACGUUGUGUACAUCUGGCUGGCAGCUCGUGGCUAUCGUGGAUUCGAUUUCUAUCAUCUGCCUCUUUUCACCUAAGUGAAAAACUAAACGCUUUUGCUUACGAUGGUUACGAUGGUUUACACUUACAGUGCAUUAGAAGUUUUAUCAACACGAUUACACGAUUCCUAAUUUGUCAUCCUUUUCCGGCAAUAAGGAUUGUGACAGUUAGAAUGGUGACACGAAGAUUUAAUCAUAAUUAUGCGCAUUAUAAACAGUCCAAACGUAUCUAGAAAUAGGUAAGAAAUCGAAUUUAUUGUUAGGUUGUAAAUGAUAAAGGUUUUUUUCUUAAAAAUUGAACAAUCGCAUCUACAGAGACGAGCAUGUUUACCUAACACGAAUUACUGAAAUUUAUUUUUAAUUGAUCUGUCCCAUGAUAUUUAGAAUAUAUAUAUACUUAAUUUGAAGAAAUGUACAAAUGUGAUUUUUCGAAUUCAAUACGCAAUAAAUGGCAAGAUAUUUUGGCAGACCAGCUCAGCAUGUUUUGUAACAAUAACGACUUCAGAGACAGACUCGAAACGUAUCUAGUAACACAAAUAGGAAAUGGCUCACUGUUGGAAGUCAUGUAUCAUCCUGCGGGUACGAAAUUCUCGAUACUUAUCGUACAUGCAUACCAUUGAAGUAACUAGAAUAAACAUGUGGCAAUCGCCCUUGUUUAGGUACGUCGGAAGCAGAGGAAAGGUUUUGCGAGAACAUAGAACAUUAUUCACAAUAAAGUAAGUUACAUAAACUAUAAAUAAACGUUUUAUAAUACUUGAAACAAAUGAAAAAAUGUGGGCAUGUAGAGUGAAAAUGUACCACGUCGCAUGCAGUGACUUUGCACCAAAAACACAAGUUGUUGCGUUCGAUUCGAGGUUGCUUCCUGUCCCAGAAAUCUUUUUUUCUUCGCCAUAGACAAGGUAGACAUACGCUUGUGUCAUGAAAGGAUGUAGAUCUCGACAUUUUUGUUGGUCAUCCACGUGAUUUAUUGUUAAUUCUCGUAACGAUAAAACGAGGGUGGUAUUUUUAUUUAAAUCAUACUAAUUUAUCACUUAUCGUAAAACCUUGAACCAGAAAUAAUAAAAAUGUUAAUAUUAUUGACUGCUGUUCAAGACCUAACGCAAAACUUGUGUGUAGUCCAGUAGGCAAAAUAAAAACAGCAUUGAAAUUAGUGCCAUCGUGUUUUUUGAUACUUGGACUUUGAGUAAGCCAAUGAAACCGUUUUGUAAUGGAGUGAAUCGCCACUAGAUAAAACAAGAGAAAAUUAUGAACGUCACAUCUAGAAUACGCUCUAUGCACAGCAAAUGCCGUCACCAAGAAAAUAUGUAUUCCACAGAUCUACUCAGCUCAGUAUUGCUAUGGAAUAGGAUGAGACUGGAUACGCGAAUUUAUAGAAGCAGCUUAUGACUAAUAAUUAUUAUCGAUAUUAGAAUGAUACGAAGAAAAUAGAAGACCAGCACAGAAACCAAUAAAUCACGAACUUUUAUGCUUCUUUGUCAUAAUAUUAAAAACAAAUCGUCCCCGUAGAUCAUGACAUAGAGAUAGAUGUACCGCGUAGUGUAGACGAAAUUUGAAAUAAUGCUUCCAUGACUAUAAAUCAUCGCAACACGCCGACAACAUGCAAAUGAUAGUGGAAAGUUUAAGAAGCAAAUUAAACUGUAGCGUAGCUACAACUUUUUGAUUGAAAAGUAGUUUUACAUAAACAUAAUGCACCAACCAAUGUCGGCAAGUUUUCGGUUGUUAUAGUCAGCGCUCAACCCUGAGAGGUGUAAACUUUGAAUAGAGUAAAAAACUGAUAGCAAAUGAUAAUACUUACGAGCAUAAAGUUUUGAACUUGCUUGUGUUUCAUAUUUUAGGUAAUUCUAACGAAAAUUGAAUACAUGUGGAAAAUGCAAAAUUCUGGAGAUCUAAAUCAAUACAAAAAUCCUCUAUAUUUUGUAAAUGUGAACUUAUAUGAUUGUUUUUUUUUGCUGUAAGCUUCAUGUAGGUUAAAUCGAAGGUACGGCAAUUAUUUAAUUUAAGGCAUAUACAAUAAACAAUUUAU